AGACAGGAUUGUUAAUUUUAGAGCUACGGGGGCAGGAUUUGUGGAAGGACAGGGCGGGGCAAUGUAUGAAUACGUUUGACAAAGUGGCAAGAAAGAGGAAAAGGAGACUGAAACAGUUGGAUGUUAACUGUUUGCAAUAUGUAAAAUGAAUGCAGCAAUGAUAGAAUGCACAAUCAAGCCAAACAGAGAUUUCAGAAGCCACCCCUUCAUACAGCUGCAUUGCCUGUCUGGGAGAUAGGCUUUUACCUGCUGCUGUCAGCUGGUUCUCACUUAUACUCAUUUUAUGAGGUUUACAAAGUCUCAAAAGACUAUGAAGAAGAACUCACGAGCGAAUUUGAAUUUGAACAAGGAUUUUUCAUUUGGGGAUUUAAAAAGGAUCCAACAGACUUUGAAUGGAGCUUCUGGACAGAGUGGGGUCAGAAUUAUUUAAUCUGGACACUGAUUGGACAUUCAGUUGUUUCAAAGGUGUCCAGAAUGUGUAUACCCAAGUUUAGAGUCUGGUUUCUGACGCUGUAUGGCUUGCUGGCCUCUUUAUUUCUCUUGGGCCUCAAAGGCCUGGCUGUGGUUCUGCUGCACAUGGCCCUCUCCUACACUGUGGCCAUGCUGAGAGUGCCACUUAUGUCAUGGCUCUGCUCCCUGCUGCUGCUCUACACACUACACAUGAGCUCGCUGGAGGAAAUGCAGAGAAGUUGGUACAAGACAGAGAAUGAAUACUACCUGCUGCUGUUCAGCCUGGCUAUGUGUUGCUUGCGGUACACCAGCUUCAGUCUGGAGUACUGCUGGCAAAAUUCUGGGCAGAAGAGCUACAAGUCUUUCUUUUGGUUCACUGCCUACCUUUUCUACUACCCCUUGUUUCACAACGGACCCAUCAUAAACUAUGAAGAGUUCACCUUGCAGAUGCAGAGACAGGAUUCAAGUGUUGUGCAGACUGACAUCUGUACUGUGAUUCUGACUAUUGCAAGAAUAUUCCUCUGGUGGUUACUGGCGGAGUCUAUGAUUCAGUUCAUGUACAUGCAUGCAAUUCAGAGCCACGCGACACUCCUGGAAAUUGUACCAAUCUGGGCCUUAGGUGGCCUGGCAUUGGCCCAAGUACUGUUUUUCUAUGUGAAGUACUUGGUGCUUUUUGGUGUGCCAGCCCUAAUUGUUAAACUGGAUGGCAUUGAAGCACCUAGACUACCGCGCUGUGUCAGCACCAUGUACAGUUUCACUGGAAUGUGGAGACAUUUUGAUGUAGGACUGCACCGUUGGCUUAUUAGAUACAUCUAUGUUCCAAUGGGAGGUUCUCAGCAUGGGUUUCUGGGAAAGAUGUUUUCGUCUGGAUUGGCCUUUGGGUUUGUUUACUACUGGCAUGGUGGCCACGAUUACCUUCUUAACUGGGCUGUGUUGAAUUGGUUGGGAGUCAUAGCAGAAAAUGGAGUGAAGACAGUCGCUUCUUUUCCACCUGUUCAAGGGUUAAUAGAGCAAUCCUUGUCGGCAGGAAUGAUCCGAAGAGGUCACGCUUUCCUGUCGGCUUUCUGUACAGCUAUGCUAAUACUGUCAAACCUGGUGUUUCUCGGAGGAAACCACAUAGGGAGGAUCUACUGGAACAGGAUUUUUGUGCAAGAUGGCUAACCCGUUCCGGAGCUGUCGCCAAGGGCCAGCAAAAAACCCGGAACAGCACUUCACUGUUGUCACGCAUAAACUUGUAUCACCUACCACAAGCACUACAGCACACACUCAGGACUGGUGACCGUGUUUUGUACAUUGUGGGAAAGAUACAUGUGUUUAUUAUUUGGGACUGCUACACGUUUAUUUAUUCCAGUGCAUUACACAUUGUUGUGUAUUGCCUGGAGUUAUUGUUUGGUCACCAGACCAGGAUUAUAACUUAAAAAAAACUCUUUCCAACUGGAUUACAACUCUCUGUCUAUUAAUUACGGACUGCAUCACUCCUGCAUCUGUACACAAUCAACCACUUUGCCACAAUGACAUACAGACAAAUAAUAUUGCAGUGGCGUUGGAGCUUUAUCCCAGUUUUAGUGGCACCUUAAUUAAUGUGGUCUUUCUUUGGAGUAAAUCCUUUCUCAUGAAGAGUAAGUGGCUGUCAUGUUUAUUCGAUUUUAAAUACUGUGUGUUCAGGAGCAGCUCUUGAUGUACCUGGUCCUCUUUCACCAUACACACAUGUUUGCUUGCAAAGUUUAUUUUUCAGGGGCUCACAAAAUACUGGAAUAAAUUAUUCACCCUCUAGGGUAUGCAUUUGACUUGGGUUCUUCACUGGAACACUAUAAAAUCUUUUAUUUUAUUUGUACAACAGGUUUCACCACUUUCAGUUUAAAGAAUGUUUCCAAACAGCUGAGUUGACAACAUAUGGGGUAAAGAUACUAGUGUCCAAAGGCAAAAUGAAAGUGUUAUGUAUGAUUACUUGUAAAUGUCAAUAUGUAAUAUCUGUUUACUAAAUGGUCUGGUUAACAAUCAGGUUAAUAAAAUCCAUACUAUAUUUAUUUUCAUGUAAAGUUGUAUGUCAUUUUAAUCAUGAAUCAAACAACCAGAACUUCAGUUUUUUUGUAAUCAAAACUCUCACAUAAGAUCUUACCUGGCAAAAGUAUGUUUAGUUGAAAAAGGAGAUAAAAGAAAGGAAAAGCUUUGGAAGAACUGAUGGUCAGGGAAAAUCACACACUUAAUGGUAUGCUAGAUGCAGGAUCAUACCCACAGGAGUGCCAUAAUCAAGAACAUUUUCAGUUGCAUGCAGUACCUGCCUUCCUUUGAUCUGCAAAGCUUAAUUAUCAUGGAUCUGGCAGUCGGUGUUGUUCUUCAAGUUUUACUGAACUCUUUUUAAGGUGGUAGCACUGGUAGCACACGAUACACAUCAAAGUGCAUACAAUGAUAUUUGAUUUUUGUCCAAUUACCCGGCCCAUGUGUCCUGUCUCUUGAGAGUCACAGAGCUUUGAGUGUUGUUUCUCGGAGGCACAGAUUGUUCAAGGAGUAAAAACUUCUAUCUGCUUUCCUAGUGCAAAGUACCAUGACCAAUCUGAGCCUUAUUAUAUACAGCAGCUGUUUCAGACAUAUUCAGUCAGUAAAAAAAUGUACAACCCAAAACCAAGAUAGGGUUAAUGGGUAUAAGUACUCAUAUACUAUAUAAUGUUCUUUUUGAUAGGUUAGUAUACAUUGAGUAUUAUACAAGAGAUGUAACGCAACUCAGCACAUUAUAUACAGGGUGCACACUAUUUAAAAAUGUUUUUACUGUAUCCCCAUUUUGUCCCACCAAUUAGGUAAAGUGGGUAAAGGUCUGAUGUGUUUAUUUGUUUAGGCUCCGACACAAAGCAUCUUCUUGUCUGCCUCAAUGGUAGAUCCUUUAAGACAAGACUCCAGAACUGCAAGAGCCUGAUUUCAUUUUAGAAUCCUUUCCACUUUCACACAUAUGUCCCUAUCUAUCCUCUUCACUUCCGAAGGUAUACAGCAAGCAGCAUUGUUACUUCAAUAAAAUAUGAAGCUGUCCAGAUAGAAAAGAAGGAUAUUUUAUCCUUGCCUAAGGCUCCUCCUGUAUCACUUGUAAAAUGCCCUUUUUUCUCUUUUCACAUUAUCGAACCUUUAGGGGCUAUACCUACUACUUUUACAUGAUAUGAAAGGAGUAAAAUAGAUGCUUGUGAUCCUCCAAGGUAUUUUUGAUUCCAUUUCCAAAGGUCCUACUGCCAUCCAAGAUCUUAAAACCCAAACGGGUUGCUUGUGUCUCAAGGGAAGAGUUGUUAUUAGCAGAGGGAAAUCCUUCAUUGCUUUUUUCCCUGGUUCCAGUAAUGAUAAUAAACGUAGAUUAACUGUUACUGUUCUUAUACAUUUUAUGUAUGGUCAGGUAAACUGUGACUCCGCUUACUUGGAGCUUUACCUUGAUCCAAUGGCCAUUGUUCUUGCUCCAUCAUUGUUUUUAUUCUGCUGCAGUUUAAAGCUUGUUUAGUGCCUUUUGUGUCUGUGUUCAUGUUGUCUUACAGAUUUAUUUUGUCAUGCAAAUCAGCAAUCAAGUCUCUUCAUGGUUUCGUGUCCCUUGACACCAUUUUAUGUUUCAUAGUUGGCUAAAUUGUAUCAAGUAUGCUUGCCUCCACAUAAAAAAUUAAUAAUUCUGCAUACAUUAUGAAUUUGUUGGAUCCCAUUAUAAUUGGUAUGAACUUUAUUGUAAUUGGUUGUUUCAGAGUUCCUAUCAAUCCUUGGUUGAAUUUCCGUGCUUUACUAAGGAAGAAUAAUGCUGCUUAAAGCUUAAAUUAGGAUUUUGAUGGAUCCCAGAAAGGUGGUAUAAUAUAAUAUAGUAUAAUGUAGUAUAGUAUGUAGUAUAUCUGACAACUUGUAUCUUUUUGCAGUAAUUUUGUAAAUUAUUUGUUAACUACCAGAAAGUUGUGUCAAACAUCCUCAGGUAUAGUGUCACAUAAGCACUGAACGCACCUUUUAAUGGCAUUGACAUUGUUACUAGUAUGUGUUUUUUUGUGAACAACAGAACUCAAAGUAUUUAACCAAAUAUUAUAUUAUGAAUUUGGAUUUACUUCAAUGUUUCUAUGAAUAUAGCACAUAGAUCUGCUGUCAUCUUGGUAUUUCCAUUCUUCUGUUUAACUGCUUAAGACCACCAAAAUGUAUCUCCAACUGAAACUUUCUACUUCAUCAUGGUUAGACCAGCAAAUUGUCACUCAGUCCAACAAUAUCAGAAAACAUCAGAGAAUAAACUAUAGAGUAUCUGGUAACAAAACAAAAUGGCAUCUUGGAAUUGGAAAAGAGUUUGUUUUAUGAUGCGUUAUAAAUAAAAAUAGUUUACAUCCGGUUCUAUUCACUCUACAUUUGGAGCUUCUACACAGUAUUAGGGGUGUAGCUUUAAUUAUACUUUACCCAGCCAUGGAGAGAAUAGGCACACUGGGACACAUUCCUUAAUCCAGAGUAUUCUGGCCAUAGCAGAUUAUGUUAUCAUGUGCAUUUCAUAUGGGCAGAAACUAAAGAUUCAGGUAAGAAAAAUAUAAAUGAGACCAGUAUUUCCCUUUGGCUGACUCAACUAAAAAUGAGCAGACUCUGUCCUGUGCAAUAUUUUUAGUGUUUGAGUUACAGUUUAGAGCCACAAAGCAGAAGAGGCAUUUGUUCACUUUACUGAAGCACACUCAUUACUGUCUUCCUAAAUGUCCAUAUUGUAUUUCAGCACUUUAGUGUAAUCUCUUCAAACUGCCCAAAUAAUCUUUAAGGCUUUUAUCUAUAGUAUACAUAAUAGGGAGACUCCAGAAAAUGUGAGGUACUGUAUGUGUGGGAAAAUUUUUAGAUUUUGAGAUCACCAAAAUUAAAUUUAACUUGGAUAAUAAGCCAAAUUUAAAGACAUGCAAGGUGUAGGCUAGUGCAUAUGCUUGUGUAUUAAACCACUGUACUUUUUAGCAUGCCCCCAAUAUCUAUUCUAUCCAAUUAGAAAUAGAUCUAACUAUUUUACAUAGAAAGUGAUAACAUAUCAUUUCUAAGAACAAAAAGUACAUUGGAGUCAUUGAUUUGUAACAAACAAGAUAAGGAUUUUCAAACAAGAUCAAAAUAGCUGUAAGCUUCAUUAUAAUUAAUUUGCUCUAUGCAUGAGUUUGAUAUCCCACAUAAAAAUGAAACUGAGAACACAGCAUAGUGUAACUGAUUUGAAAUUAACAUACCUAUUUUUUUUUAGUUCAAAGGGCGUGCAACACUUUCAUGUUCUCACAUGCAUGAACUUGUGAUAACCCACAAUUUGUUACGUCAGUGCGGUAGCCAGUCUGUUUGAAAUCUAAUGAGUAUGCAGUCAAAUGAUUGUGACACAGAUCCAAGCUCCCAUGGGAGCACAGAAAGUCAAGCAUCAUCUCAGUUAUGUUCAAUAAGGAAAUGACUGCUGAAAAUACAAUUCAAGGACAAGACACACAUGACCGAUCAUGAAAUCAGUGAUGGAAAAAUGGACGAUAAAUGUGCCACAGCGCUCAAGUUUUCUGCAGGACUGAAGAAGGGCACCGUAGGGUUUUGGUGGGAGGUCAGUGAGUGGUGCUUUUGAUAUGAAUUAUUUAAAUACAAUUUUCUGAUAUACUUAAGGAACACUAUAAAUGUCAAUUAUUUAUCCUAUGUAGCAUGGGGCAGCAGUGUGGAUUAGUGGUUAGGGCUCUGGACUCUUGACCGGAGGGUUGUGGGUUCAGUCCCAGGUGGGGGAUAUUGCUGCUGUACCCUUGAGCAAGGUACUUUACCUAGAUUGCUCCAGUAAAAACCCAACUGUAUAAAUGGGUAAUUGUAUGUAAAAAUAUUGUGAUAUCUUGUAACAAUUGUAAGUCGCCCUGGAUAAGGGUGUCUGCUAAGAAAUAAAUAAUAAUAAUAAUAAUAAUAAUAAUAAUAAUAAUAAUAAUAAUAAUAAUGUAGUCAAAUGAGAUCUACAUGUAGAAAUGUUUUAUUAUAGACCAACAUCCUGCAACUAUAGGUGGGCAUCACAUGAAGAGACAGGGGUCAGAAAAAGGCAGGAUUGGAGACCUUCUAUUUUAACCGAGAGAGCAUGCUAAGCUCUUUACUGUAGAUCAAGAAAAGUAUACAUUUAGUUCAAUGAUCUGUUAUAAGCAGUUAUAACUAAUCUGUAACUGGUUUUAAAAUAUGUUACAAACAUUGCAGUCCAUGAAGAGAUUGGUGAUUGGAUUUCAGGUCUUUCUUUUUCAUUCUAAAUGAUUACAUGGAGAGAUUGCAAACAACACUGAUUCCUGACUUUACAUGUUGAUUUAAAUAUCUCAUUUCUUACCUUUGUAAACCACAAAUAUGGAGACUGCCUGCGAUUUGAUGCACCCACUUCUUCACUGUGAUUACUUCAACUGUCAAUCACAUGGCCUCUUUGCACUAGAUCUGUCGGCAAUGUAUUGUUUUUUUUUAUCAUAGUGACAUCUUAAUCUUUCCAAAUUACUGUGUUUCAGAUCAUAUAGUUUAUUACAUCGCAGAGCUUCAGAACUUGAUAUACAGUAUGAGCACCGAAUAAAAGUUUUGUGCAUUGAAUUGAUCAUUCUUGCCUAGACUACUGGGUCUGUUUUUUCCAACCCUGUUUAUGCUGUAAAUUUAAAUGUAUUUAAAAGUUUGAAUCUAUUUAAUUAAUAAUAAAAAAAACUGUUUUGUAUUCUUAUGAUUUGCAGUAAUUUGUCCAAAUGAAUAAAGUUUUCAAUUCUAUAUAUCAUUGUCAAGAUGACAAUAAUAUACAGUAGGGAAUAACAUUAUGAACCCACCUACAGAAGUCUAAUAAGUAGCCAGUUGCUAAUAGGACACAUAGCAGCACAAGAGCAAAAGUACAGGAUCAGAGAAGGACAUAGGAAAGCAACAAUCAACCCGGGGAGCAAACCAAAGAGUUAUCAAUCUGAUUCAUGCUUGGUGCAUCUGGCACUACUGUAUUGACUUGAAAUCUGAACAUUAUAACAGCCAGCACUGGAGAAUUUGUUUAGUGACCUUGAUAUUCUAUCCAAUAUGGCUAGUUGAAAACCAUCUUGGAGUCUUUUUUUUUUUUUUUUUUUUUUAACUAUCAAGAUUGCUCUAAAACCUUUCAUAUACAGUUGGGUUGGUUACAUGUUGGAGGUGAUAUGAUGAUGUACUGGGUCCUGUAUACUCAUAUACUCUUGUGUUCCAGAUAUGUAUUUUGAACUUAAUACAUAUCUGUUUGCUGUAGUACAGUAUACUGGCUGCAUAACUGCUAUACAAAAUAGAAGCCUGUUAAUUUAGGAUCUGUUUGAAAAAGAGUCCAAAUAAAAAAGUGUAUUCACUAACAUUGUUUUGUAUGAUAAACCUUUUUU